UUAUAUUUUGUGGUGUUUUCGGCUCGAGUGGUGAUUAUUCACGUGAUUAUACCUACCGAAUAUUAUGAUUAUUUGCGUUUUCUUUUAUCAGCGGUAUCAUAAACGCAUAAACACGCGAACGUGUGUUGUAGUUUUGUUUGCCGGUGCGAUACGGCAUGCCGGAGAAAGUGGAGAAAGGUGGUGUUCGGGUUUAAACUCACACCAGGAGUUGUUGAUGGUAGGUUUGCUUGGCGUUACUUCACAAUAUCGCGUUGGCUGCGAACGGUCGCACACGUUUUGUUCAGCGUUGCGUUGCAGCUCACAUACUCAUAUAUAAUUUGCGCAUGUACCGCAAGUUAACUGCACUUUUGCACGACCACGCACACAACCGGAAGACAGACAACGAAGACAACCAUUCAGUCUGCACGCGGCGGACGAACUGUUCACCAGAGAAUAAAAAAAUUGUACGAGUACUGCAAUAUGUCGAAGGUUGUUAUUUACAUUCUGGACAAAUUCGUGUGGAUUUUGAUUGUUGCAAUCUUCACCUCGCAAGCACUGCAAAUCGCAGGCGUCGUCGAAGGACCCAAAGAUUUUUCCCUGCGAGAAUUGCAUUUUUACAGUCAGGAAAAUAAUGAUUAUGCACCAAUUCACCAGGAAGAAUUGCAUGGCGUACGUGGUAAACGUCAGGCAGGCGACCGAUCUCCAUUGAUCGACAAUCUCUUCAAUGUACCGAUUUCGACAUUAAACGCAGUCAACGAAUUUAUCCAAAGCGCGCGUCCGGUGAUACAGCGCCUGCGCGAGUCUGCAGCGCGCACGCGUCGCAGUAAUGAAGCUAAAAAGAAACUGCAACAACAACAGCAGCAGUACCAGCGUAAAGAAAAAUCAUUGAAGAAAGUACCCUCGGUGGUUUCUGUGGAAGAAGAUGAAGAUGUUGAGGAAUCAAUGUUGCCUUUGCAAGAAGGACCUGAAGUACAAUCAGAUGGAUCCAGCUCAAGAGUUUUAUUAAGAGUUUAAUUGAAUGACAUUAUUAAAACUUUUUUCAAAAUCUUGUAUACGUUUGAUUUGUGAUUGGAAAUUGUAUAUAUUGUAUAAUAUGUAACAAAAAAUAAUGACUGCGCAUGCGCAAA